AUGUCCACGAGUCCGCCAUCGGCAACCCAAGACAUAACUUCCGUUUGUCCUAACUGCGGAGUAGACCAGCCAGGGUACAGCUCGAUAGCAACUCAAGCGCAGUCACAGAUUCAAGAAUUAAGAUCCCAAGUAGAGUUACUGACCUCCAAAGCUACAGCCGCUGUUGACAAAGUAGCUGAUUACGAAGAUAAAAUCCGGGAUUUGCGCGCCGAAAUUGAGAAAGCCAAGCAGACAAAGGCAACUGGACCGGAAGAGCCCAUCCCCGAAGCAAAGCGGGUCAAUAGUAUGAGUGCCUUUGGCGGCUACAGAAUCACCUCUUUCCUUAGCUCCCGCAUCAUUUCCCCGACCCCCAAGCCGGCGCCUGCGCCUGAAUCGCCACCCUCACCCUCUACUGCUGAGCUCGCCGCCGCCCUGACACGUGAGCAGGAAUUGCGCAAAGCUGCCGAAGGCAAGCUUAGCGAAACCUCCAACGAACUAGAAGAGCUGAGUACGCAACUCUUCAAACAAGCAAAUGAGAUGGUUGCUGCAGAAAGGAAAGCGCGCACAAAGUUGGAAUCAAGGGUCGAAAUCUUAGAGAAGCGAGAUAUUGAGAAGAGACAACGACUUGAGCAGCUCGAAAAAGCACUUUUGCGAAUCGAGAGAGUCCGAGGCUUGCUGAAAUGA